AUGGCGUCGCAUCAACUUGCCAUUGCAAAGGCCUCCUUAUCGGCCGGGCUUCUACGCCCUGACCCCACGUCGGUGACACGCGACGAGAUCACCGCGUUCCACACCGCACUCGACAGAGCGCUAUCCCACUGCUCGUCAGCAAACAUCCAGGCCUGCAAAUCAUGGCUACUGCGCCAUGUCGUCUCCUCAUCCAACCGGGUGGGGGUUUGGGCCAAGUACCUCGCUGCCUUGUCCGGCUCGUUCACCGCGGAAGAGGGUGCUUCUCCGACCAAGUCGGCCGCCCGGCCUGCGACGUCGGCUAAGCGUAAACGCCUGCAUAUCAUGUACCUGCUGAAUGACGUGUUCCAUCACACCAAAUACCACAUGGGAUCGAAGGCCGCCUUCUCCACCGUUAGCGGCUCGCUGCAGCCGUAUAUCGUGGAGUUGCUGGGCUAUGCGGCCUCCUACGAUCGAGAAAAGAACCCGAAACACCAUCGAAGAUUGGACGAUCUGCUGGAUAUCUGGGAGGAGAAUGAGUAUUACGGUAGUGACUAUGUCGGCAAGUUGCGCGAGGUCGUCAAGAACUCGGCCUCGUCGGGGCCCGUCAAAACGUCGAUUGACGUCGAGACGAGUAAUCUGGAUUCGACAAAUAAGCCUUCUGGAAAGGAUGUUCCCUUUGUGAUGCCCGCGACCCAUGGUGAUGCUUCGACCCCGUUCUAUGACCUACCGGCCGGAAACCUCAUCCCCCAUAUCAUUCCGAAUUCGACGAUUCCUCUCCGCCCGGAUACAAUCAAGCCUCUGCAAUUUCUGGCCGGUCCAGCAGAUGAAAAACUGGUCACGGCAGUGAAGAAAUUUCUCAAGGAUGUUGACCGGAUCUACGAUUCUACCCAGCCGGAGCAGAAGGAAGGUGAAGUGGUGGACAUUGACGAUCUGGGCGAGGUGGUAAUUCGAGAUGACCAGACCGGCGACGUUCUUGACGGCGAAACCUAUUACGGAUGGUCUCGAUCAUUCUGCCAGCAAAUGAAGAUGAGAAAUGCUAGGCCCGGCUCCCGCAGUCGCAGCCGCAGCCGCAGUUUGACGCCCCGGAAAAGGAGGCGAUACAGCAGUAGUGUUGCGAGCGACGACAGUCGAUUGAGUCGGUCUCGGUCGCGAAGCCAAACUCCACCUCGCAGAGCCCUAGGUCGAAAAUACGACUCGCGAUCCCCGUCCCGAUCCCGAUCUCGAUCACGGCCGUCGAGAUCAUAUUCCCCACGAAAACCCUCUCCUCCACGAGCUCAGCCGCCUCUUCACCAACCUCCGCCAAAUCCAUACGGCCACGGCCACGCACCUCCCCCACCUGCAUAUCCUCCCCAUCACCAACAUCCUCCUCCCAUGCCCCCGCAACAUCCCAUGCAUUUCCCAGGCGGUCCGCAGGGCGGGCCUCCCUUCCCGCCACCACCGGGGAUGUUUCCCCAGGGCGUUCCACCUCCACCUCCGCAGAACUACCAAGGCCAAUGGCCUCCACCACCCCCACCGAUGCCGAACUACGGACCCGGACCCGGCAUGAACACGUCGCAUUUCCCUCCUCCGUACCAGGCGCAGGGCGGACAAUACCCGUCUAUGCACCGUGGUGCAGGGUUCGGGCCUGCGCAGCAAAUGCCUCCGGGAUCGUAUCACUUUCCUCCCCCUCAUUCGGGCGGACAGGGGCAGGGGCAGGGACAGGGGCAGGGGCAGUAUGGAUACCCUCCGCCUCCGGGACGAUGGAGGUAG